AUGGCCAGGUGGCAAGAUAAGUUAUUUCUCACAAUUCCCAGAUGGAAAAGUGGAGUAGCCUCCACAUUGGCCUAUAUACCACUUAAUGAAACCAUUGGGAAAACCAAAACUCCAGAGUUGAUACCAUAUCCAAAUCUGAAGUAUAACACUCUACCUGAAAUUCCUAAAGAUUAUAAAUGCUGUGAUAAAAAGUUAUACGAAGAUGAAAAUUUACUUUCUGUAUUCAGAAUUAGGGUUGACGAAUGUGAUAGACUUUGGGUAUUAGACGCUGGAUCUAUUGACAUAAUUGAACAACCGAUCAAGCUAGCCAAACCAGCUUUGUUAAUUUACGAUCUGAAUACCGACAAACUCAUCAGACGAUACACAUUUAAAGAUUCGGAUUUCAACGACAAUUCGUUCUUCGCUCAUAUGGUACUGGACCCACGUAGUUGCAAUGACACCAUCGCUUAUAUUUCUGAUCCAAAUGGCUAUGGGCUCGUAGUAUACUCAUUUGACGCAGAUGAAUCCUGGCGAAUUGAACACAACUAUUUCCACAGCGAUCCUUUGUCAGGACAAUACGAUGUGGGUGGUGUUCAGUUUUUCUGGCCUGAUGGAGUCUUUGGAGUUGCUUUGUCUAAAGUCCAGGAUGAUGGAUUCCGUACUGCUUAUUUCCAACCUGGUGCUAGUAGCAAGCAAUUUAAAGUUUCUACGAGGGUUCUUUCAAAUGCUUCAUAUGCGAACAGUUUCGAUGCAUUCCACGAAUUUAAGCUUAUUGGUGAUAGAGGACCAAAUGCUGAAUGUACCUCAAGCUACAUGGAUGAAGAAUCUGGUGUAGUAUUUUAUGCCGAAAUAAAUAAAUACAGUAUCACAUGCUGGAAUUCUGCAAAACCAUAUAUUGUUUCAAAUUUAGGUCUUGUUGAUUACGAUGUAGAAAAGUUAAUAUUUCCAGAUGAGAUAUUUAUUGAUUCUGAGAAAAAUGUGUGGAUACUUUCAAACAAAAUGCCGCAAUUUUUAUAUAAAAAACUGGAUCCUAAUGAAAUCAACUAUCGCAUACUGAAAGUAAAAGUCAAAGAUGCAAUUUCAGGAACUCCUUGUGAGGAAGCAACUACAUAAAAAUAACUCUUCACACUAGCAGAAGUGUAAAAGUUAUCAUAAAUUAUUAUUUGAA